AUGGCCUCAAUCGCACGCUGCAUGCGGGUCGCAAGGCCGACAGCCCUCUCCAUUUGCCCGAAACACCCCCUCGAGGCUGACUCCCUUCCCUUUUCUCUCUGUCGCAACGCAACAAUAGGCCCCAUCCGCAAGUAUACCAAAGACCACGAGUGGAUCGACCUCUCCGCCGACAACAAGACAGGCGUGAUCGGCAUCAGCGAGUACGCCGCCGAGGCCCUGGGUGACGUUGUGUACGUGGAGCUGCCCGAGGAGGGCAAGGAGGUGGCCGCAGGUGACGCCAUCGGCGCCGUGGAGAGUGUGAAGUCCGCCGCCGACAUCAACGCCCCCAUCACUUGCAAGAUCACCCACAUCAACCUCGAGCUGGAGGAGAAGCCGGGUACCAUCAACAAGGUCCCUGAGGAUGAUAGCGCCGGCGGAGGCUGGAUCGCCAAGGUCACUGUGGAUGAGGAGGGCGUCAAGGAUUUGGAGGGCUUGAUGGAUGUCGAGGAAUACAAGGCCUUCACGGCUGCAGAGGGUGAUCACUAGAGGCGCCGGAACAAGGGACGGAAGGAUAUAAGACCAAAGAAAAAAAAAUACAAUCACAAGAAUGAAUCUCUCGGACCGACGACGACUCGAUACUGUGCGGUGCCGGGGGAGGGGGGGGGGUUCAAUGCAUAUAACAGUUCAACCUGGAGAGAAAGAGGCGAGAAGCAUCAAUGGAACAUGGAAUGGCGUUGAGAGUGCGGAGACAGAGUCUAUCCGGUAGACCUUGCUGUUCAUAUUUACACGAAUUUCGGCUCGGUCUGUCCGCUUGCCAUAGUAUCUGAUAGAAGAACAAAGCAAACGAUGAGGAAGC